AUGUCAAAAUAUAAAACAAAACUACUUUUACGUACUUGCAAAAUUUACUUCAGAUUGGCGAAUUUGGUCAAUGACAAUGUUUUCUCUUUUCAGUUAUUCAUCUUCAGCGUGAUGAAAGGUCCAUUCGUCGAAGAGUUCUUCCAGUGCGUAACGUAUGCAUUCUACACAGCUCUGUGGCAGGAACAAAUCUACACGACCCUCACACUUGUCCUCAUGUUUUUGCUUCCUCUUUUAAUCCUUGUCGCUACAUACAUAACAACGUUUAUCACAAUUGCAAAUUCUGGUAAGUUUCAGCAUGCACCACCUUUUGUGAGCCGCCAAAACAUGUUCUCUGAACGUGUGUCACGCACUGCUUCAGGCGACGCUCGUCACAAAAUACUCCAGAAGGCAAAAGUAAAAUCUCUUAUGAUCACAGUCGUCAUCGUUCUCACAUUCGUUGUGUGUUGGACGCCAUACUACGUCAUGAUGAUCAUUUUCAUGUUUCUGGAUCCAGAUGAGCAGCUCAGCCAAGACUUGCAAUCUGCCAUUUUUUUCUUUGGUAGCUCCACCGCUCUGCUCAAUCCUCUGAUCUACGGCGCCUUCCAUCUUAGAACACCCAGGAAGGCAGCACGGUCGAAAUCUACCUCUUUUAUCAACCACAGCACUACUUCCAAAAUGGACCACUCCGUAAUGAGUUCUAUUAGAAGAAGCCGCCAAAACAUGUUCUCUGAACGUGUGUCACGCACUGCUUCAGGCGACGCUCGUCACAAAAUACUCCAGAAGGCAAAGGUAAAAUCUCUUAUGAUCACAGUCGUCAUCGUUCUCACAUUCGUUGUGUGUUGGACACCAUACUACGUCAUGAUGAUCAUUUUCAUGUUUCUGGAUCCAGAUGAGCAGCUCAGCCAAGACUUGCAAUCUGCCAUUUUUUUCUUUGGUAGCUCCACCGCUCUGCUCAAUCCUCUGAUCUACGGCGCCUUCCAUCUUAGAACACCCAGGAAGGCAGCACGGUCGAAAUCUACCUCUUUUAUCAACCACAGCACUACUUCCAAAAUGGACCACUCCGUAAUGAGUUCUAUUAGAAGAAGUAAAAUUAUUCGAAAAAGUAACGAUGAGUUGGCUUGCUUCCACACAAAUGGACACCUGUGCGCUCCGAACACUAGUCAGCGAAAACGCAAACCAAGUGUGGUUAACAGUUACGGCAGCUCUUUAAGGAAACCGAAAAGCAACAGCAACAUAACAUCAUUUUAA